GGCGCCGUCGGUACGGAGACGUAGAUUUCCUUGGGGUCCGCUACUGCAGUUGGUUCCCGGCGGGAGCCGAGCGGAAUGGAAGCUUCCUGGCGCCAGGUGGCCGGUGGCCGAGGCCGAGCCCGAGGACGGGCCACCGCGGCCCCCUCUUCAGGAAAUGGAAUCCAUCUCCGCGGCGCCGGAGGAGGGCGAGAGAAGGGCUCAGCGGGCGCUGCUGGACCUGGCCCCAGCCCCAGAGGAGCCGCCACCUCUGCGGCUGCAGGUAGUUCAGCCAGGCGCAGCCCCGCGGGAUCUGAAGCACUGCAGACUUACGUAGCAUCAGAGCUAAUGUCUCAAAGGAAAUUUGAGGAAAUCAAGAAGGCCAAUCAAGCUGCAGCCAAAAAACUUGUUGAAGAACACUUUAACUCUUCCUCUGAAGAAGAAGGAGAUGAAGAUUUUGAAGGAAAACGGGGGAAAAUAGUUGCUAAUACAUUUACAAGUUACACUACUCAGACAGAUGGAGAUAUGUGUGAAUUAGAGCGAACAAGACAGUAUGUCCAUGAAGCUUUCCAAGCAGGGGCUAUGACGUGCUUGAUUUGUAUUGCUUCGGUGAAGAGAAACCAAGCAGUUUGGAGCUGUUCAGGAUGUUUCUGUAUAUUUCACAUGCCCUGUAUCCAGAAGUGGGCUAAAGAUAGCCAGUUUCUGGUAUCUUCUCCUUUGACGGAUGACGAUUUUGGAAAGAGAGAUUAUCCUUGGCCAUGUCCAAAAUGUAGGUUUGAAUACAAACGAUCUGACACACCUAGUAGGUACUAUUGCUAUUGUGGAAAAGUAGAAGAUCCACCUCUAGAUCCAUGGCUUGUACCUCAUUCAUGUGGCCAAGUAUGUGAGAGAGAAUUUAAACCUCCUUGUGGCCAUAAGUGUUUACUCCUCUGUCAUCCAGGUCCCUGCCCUCCUUGUCCAAAGAUGGUCACAACUACUUGUUACUGUAAAAAAGCAAAACCUGUACCUCGUAGGUGCAGUGCUAAGGAGUGGGCCUGUCAGCUGCCGUGUGGGCGGAAGUUGCUUUGUGGACAACAUAAAUGUGAAAAUCCUUGUCAUGCAGGAAAUUGUCUGCCCUGUCCAAGAGUUAGUAGACAAAAGUGUGUCUGUGGGAAACAAGUAGCUGAAAGGAGCUGUGCGAGUCCACUGUGGCACUGUGACCAAGUAUGUGGAAAAACCCUGCCAUGUGGUAAUCAUACAUGUGAGCAAGUUUGCCAUGUUGGUGCUUGUGGAGAAUGUCCUCGAUCUGGGAAAAGGUUCUGUCCAUGUCAGAAGUCAAAGUUUUCUUUGCCGUGUACAGAAGAUGUACCAACUUGUGGAGAUAGUUGUGACAAAGUACUUGAAUGUGGAAUCCAUAGAUGUUCACAGCGUUGUCACCGAGGUCCUUGUGAAACAUGCAGACAAGAAGUGGAAAAGCAUUGUCGCUGUGGAAAGCAUACAAAACGAAUGCCAUGUCAUAAGCCUUAUCUGUGUGAGACUAAGUGUGUUAAGAUGCGGGACUGUCAGAAGCAUCAGUGUAGGAGAAAGUGUUGCCCUGGAAACUGUCCACCUUGUGAUCAAAACUGUGGACGGACUUUAGGAUGUAGAAACCAUAAAUGUCCAUCUGUCUGCCACAGAGGCAGUUGUUAUCCCUGCCCAGAAACUGUAGACGUGAAGUGCAAUUGUGGUAAUACAAAGGUGACGGUGCCCUGUGGCCGGGAACGUACCACAAGACCACCCAAGUGCAAAGAGCAAUGUAGUCGACCACCAACUUGCCAUCAUACAAGUCAAGAAAAACAUCGCUGUCACUUUGGCUCUUGUCCUCCAUGUCAUCAGCCUUGCCAAAAAGUUUUGGAGAAAUGUGGUCACUUGUGUCCUGCUCCAUGUCAUGACCAAGCAUUAAUAAAGCAAACUGGCAGGCACCAGCCUACAGGCCCUUGGGAACAGCCUUUGGAGCCAGAGUUUAUUCAGACUGCAUUACCGUGUCCUCCAUGUCAAGUUCCUAUUCCUACAGAAUGUCUUGGGAAGCAUGAGGUGAGUCCACUACCAUGCUAUGCUAUAGGACCUUACUCUUGUAAGAGAGUAUGUGGACGAACCUUAGGUUGUCAGAAUCACACGUGUAUGAAAGAAUGCCACAAAGUAACUGAAAUUGAUACCUGCGUUGGCAAAAACAAGGCUGGCCCAGAAUGCCUUCAGUGUGAAGAAGGGUGCUCUAAAUCACGGCCUCUGGGUUGUCCCCAUCCAUGUGUUUUGCCAUGUCACCCUGGAGAAUGUCCUCCUUGUGUUCAGAUGCUUAGAAUAAAAUGUCACUGCAAGAUCACAAGCCUAUAUGUGGAAUGUAGAAAGAUAACCAAAGCUGAUGUAAAUGAAAAGAACCUCCUUAGUUGUUGCAAAAAUCAGUGUCCUAAAGAGCUUCCUUGUGGUCACAGAUGCAAAGAGAUGUGUCAUCCUGGUGAAUGUCCCUUUAAUUGCAACCAGAAGGUAAAACUUAGAUGUCCUUGUAAAAGAAUAAAAAAGGAAUUGCAGUGCAACAAAGUACGUGAAAAUCAGAUUUCAAUAGAAUGUGACACAACAUGCAAGGAAAUGAAGCGGAAAGCAUCUGAGAUAAAAGAGGCAGAAGCCAAAGCUGCUCUCGAAGAGGAAAAACGAAGACAACAGGCUGAACUGGAGGCUUUUGAAAACAGACUGAAAGGUCGUCGGAAGAAGAACAAGAAAAAAGAUGAAGUGGCAGUUGAGCUAACGCUAUGGCAGAAAUACAAAUAUUAUCUCCUUCCAGCGUGUACAGUUGUGGUUUUAGUGUUUGCAUGGUACAUAGUCCAUGAUGUGGCUUAAAAAUUUUUGAUCUGUUAAUAUCCCUCAGAUUGGAUUUAGAGAAGUUGUUCAUUCUGGAAUAUUAGGAAGUGUAUACUGUAGAACAUAUCUAUUCACAUUCAUCUCUAUAUUUUCUUCCAGCUGUUGUUAAAAGGACAGAAUGUUAAGCUUUAUCUUAAUUAGCAUACUAGAAGUGGCAGUAUAACAUUUUUAAUAGUAAAAACAUGACUGAAAUUGUAAAAUAUCUCGUAAGCCACAGCCAGUGGCCGGGUAACAUGUCAGUUGUUCAUUGUGCUUCCUUGUGUUAACAUAGUUGUUUCACUUCCUAUUUCAAACCAACUUUCUUUGCAAAAUUAAGAUGAAACUGAGCCAUAUGUGCAGCAAAAGGAAUAUGUCACAAUGUUUUCGUUACUUAUUAAAAGGUACUUUUCUUGAUCAUGUAACUUUGUACUUUAAUUAUUCUCUAAAAG